AUGGAUGGCGAACGUCAAGAAACUGGAAGAGAAUCCCGUGGAACAAGGAUUCCAGUGUCCAGACGAAACACAACAGUCAUAAAUAAUCCUCAGCUUACUCCUGGACAUUACUCGCCAAGGAAAAAUGCCAGAAAAACCAGAUCGUUUAAUGAAGGAAGUAGUUCCGUCACGCCACGUCCCCAUACUGUGAUGAGAAAUGGCAAUGUGGAUGGACAACAACCAGAAGAUUUGUAUAUCAUUGACGAGAUAAACUCGGCAAAUAUCACUAAAAUCAAUCUUUCCAAUAUAGAUAAAGUGGAACCGGAAGUGAGGCGAGAUCAUUCUCCAUCUCGGGUAUCUCGGCUUUCCAUUGAUUCCGUAUCCGAUCGUCCGCUGUCAGAGUUUCGAUCUGGUUACAACACACCCAACUUUUCUCUUGGUCCGACCCCAUCGCCGACUCCAAGAAACACACCAGGGGCAACUCCAGCGCCACCUAUCGGAAUAAAUUUUAAACCCAAAUUCGAUGUCAAAGGGAAGUGGAGCUCUACGACUCUGUCAUCAGCCACAGGAUUAGAAGGUGAUGAUGUAGAUGAGCACAUCAAUGUGGUUCUGAGAGUUCGACCACUCAAUAAUCAAGAAAUUAUGAGAAAAGAUGCAUUUGUGGCGUCCUUUCCUGGUGCUGGUAGAAUUGAGUGUGAUGCAAACACGUCAGUGCGGUCGUUUGGGUUCAAUGUGGUGUUUGAGCCGGAAGCCACGCAGCAGGACCUGUUUGAACACUCUGGGAUGAAAAAACUUGUAGACAUGUCUUUGAAUGGAUAUGCAUGCACAGCUCUUGCCUUUGGACAGACAGGUUCUGGUAAAACUCACACAAUGACAGGUCCGCCACAACAGGUUAGUAUCAGGGAACAUAUAUUUGAAGGAGGAAAGCAUCCCCCGGAAGACAUGGUGGGGAUUAUGCAGCGCUCAUUUGAGUACCUAAUUCACAUGUUACAACAGAAUGGAGGAAACAAGACCAUUCGGGCAUCCUACCUCGAGAUCUAUAAUGAACAGGUGGUGGACCUGCUCAACCCAAUCCGCAGGCGGAACUUACAGGUACGCUGGUCCAAGAACAAGGGUUUCUAUGUGGAGAACCUGUUUGUGAUGGAGUGUGAGACAGUAGAUGAUAUGAUGGCCGUUCUGGAGGAAGGAAUGAAGAACCGUCAGACAGGGUCGCAUGGUCUUAAUGAGACGUCAAGUCGUAGUCACAGUAUGAUGACGUUGUCCAUUGACUCUGAGCUUCAGGAUCCCGAAGAUGAAAACUUGUAUGUUACAAAACGUGGAAAGCUCACGUUUGUGGAUCUAGCAGGAAGUGAAAAAGUGAAGGAUUCUCAUUCCACAGCAGAGACACUUAUAGAGUCCAACAACAUCAACAGGAGUUUACUGGUGUUAGGAAACUGUAUUUCGUGCCUUGGUGAUCAUCGAAAAAGAGGUGGCCAUGUUCCAUACAGAGACAGCAAGCUGACUAAACUGUUGGCGGACAGCUUAGGGGGCAGUGGGGUCACUCUCAUGAUUGCCUGUAUCACCCCUUCCUCACAUCACAUAUCGGAGACCAUGAACACGCUGAGAUAUGCCAGUAGGGCCAAGAAAAUCAGAACUAAACCACUAGUCAAAAUGGAUCCAAGAGAAAAAUUGAUUAUGAGUUUAAAGAGAGAGAUAAAAAUACUCAGGAACGAAAACCAGUAUUUGCGUCAACAGUUGGAGUUCCCAGAGAAGACAAAAAUUGCCAUGCAGAAAGAGGAUGAUGAAAAAUACAAGAAAUUUCUAAAAGAGCAAGAAAACAAUAAAAACAAACCCAAAACUGACCCCAAAUCUGAGGAAGCAGGAUUAUAUGAAAUGUUACAGGAGUAUAUGAUUGAAAAUGAGGCUUUGAGGACAGAAAAUGCUGAUCUGCAUGCAACAAAGGAUAAGAUUCGACGAGAGCAACAAUUACUGUACAAAGACAAUGAGAAGAUGAUGAAGAGAAUUGAAGAUCUAGAAAGGUUAAUUGGUCCAACUGCCUGGCGACGCCCACCAGUUGACCCCUACAGCCAGCCUUCGUCCAAUGCUCCAUCACAAGUUCAGUCCCCUAGACAGUCUCCUGCUUUGCCAUAUCGCUCCCCUCAACCGAGCGGUCAGCCUUUCCCGAUUGGCCAGCAAGGUCGUUAUCCGUCACAAGAGCAGUAUGCUGUAGCACCGAGUCCUAAUGGGGCAACCAGAGGCAAGGGUCCCCCACCACCUCCUCCACCCAAUAAUAGCAAGCCUCGUCGACCCCCUCACAGACUGGCAGAACCCAUCAUGAGACCUGCUUACGUACCCCCCGAUCACCAAAAUGGAGGACCUGCAUAUGAUCAUCCACCUCCCAGCAUGCCACCACAACACAUGGCAAAUGGACCAAUCAGACAAGAAUCACCAGCAAGGAUGGACAGCCGGGCUGCUUCCCAAUUAUCUACUGCAGAAUCAGUGCGUUCCUUGAACGAGAAAUUAAAACAAGACCUCAUUGAACUGGAUGGAGAAAUAGCUUACCAACACAAUAUGAACCAGAGGACUAGGUCUAGUAUGUAUGGAUCCCAGGCUUCCGUUCGGUCUGGACCCCGGUGA